AUGGAGUGUCCUCAUUUGAGCUCGAACGUCAGCUUUGCUGGCGGCGACUUCGGGCUGCCUAACGGUGCUCCUUCGUCCUGGUGCUGCAGCGUUUGCCGAUCGAAUAAAAGUCCCUGGCUCUGCCUAACCUGCCUGGUGGUCCACUGUGGAAGAUAUGUGAAUGGGCAUGCAAAGAAGCACUUUGAAGAGAGCCACUUGUCCAACAGCGGCCAAAGGAAGGCUGACAAACAGGAGAAAGAGAAAAGUCAACAUUCAGUUUGCAUGGAUUCUGGAAACUAUAGUCUCUUCUGUUACAGAUGUGAUGAGUUUGUUGUCAAUGACACCAAACACGGGCAUGUGCAAAAGGUGCGGGAACAUCUCCAGAGCUUGGAAAACUCAGCCCUGAUUGGUGACAGACAGAGGAAAAGAAAACUUCAAGAUGGCCAAGACCCAGACAAAAAAAUUCUGAAAGAGAAUGAUGGGGCUGCUUUGGGUGCCACUGGCCUGCGUAACCUAGGAAACACGUGUUUUAUGAAUGCUAUUCUUCAGUCGCUCAGCAACAUUGAGCAGUUCAGCUGCUAUUUCAAGGGGUUGCCGGCAGUGGCGCUACGUAGCGGCAAGACGGCCGGAAGGAGGAUGUACCACACUCGCAGUCAAGGGGACACCAGUGUGUCACUGGUAGAAGAGUUAAGAAAGACCUUUUCUUCCCUCUGGCAAGGGAACCAGACUGCCUUCAGCCCCGACUCCUUAUUUUACGCAGUGUGGAAAAUCAUGCCAAGCUUCAGAGGCUAUCAGCAGCAAGAUGCCCAUGAGUUCAUGCGUUACCUGUUGGACCAUCUGCACAGGGAGCUCCAGCACAGUCAAAACGGGGCAGCGGAGCCCAGCUUGCCUCGGGACGGGCUCCGGCUGUCCGGUGCUGAUGGAAAGAGCUGCUCAAACGGCACUCCCAGCGUCGUGACAUCUAUUUUUGGUGGGAUCCUUCAGAAUGAAGUCAACUGUUUGAUAUGUGGGACUGAAUCUCGGAAGUUUGACCCUUUUCUCGAUCUGUCUCUGGACAUUCCCAGUCGGUUUAGACAAAAGAGGAGCAAGGAUCAAGAGCCAGGUCCAACGUGCACCUUGCGUGAAUGCUUACGAAGCUUCACUGACCUGGAAGAGCUGGAUGAAACAGAGCUGUACUAUUGUCAUAAGUGUAAAAAACGACAAAAAUCCACCAAGAAGUUCUGGGUUCAGAAACUUCCAAAGGUUUUGUGCCUUCACUUGAAAAGGUUCCACUGGACUGCCUUUUUGAGAAAUAAAGUGGACACUUAUGUGGAAUUUCCACUGAAAGACUUGGACAUGAAGGGCUUUUUACUCGAGCCUGACAAUUUGUUAGCGGGGAGCUAUAUGUAUGACCUGGCGGCCAUUGUAGUGCAUCAUGGAUCUGGGGUGGGCUCGGGCCACUACACGGCCUACGGCAGCCACAAAGGGCGCUGGUACCACUUCAAUGACAGCACGGUGACGCUCGUCAGCGAGGAAACGCUGAGGAAGGCCAAGGCAUACAUCCUCUUCUACACGGAGAGAACCGAGCAGGCGGCGGGAGACAAGUGUUCUGCUGAGGUGGACACUGUUUCGAAACAGCUGUUGAGUGGUUUGUCGUCACAAAACGUAGAUGCAGGCUCGCUGCAGGAAUCGGACGUAGUUGGAACGGCAUCAACUGAAACCUCCACGCACGAUGAUGACGUUGAAACUGCGAUACAGUGA